GAGAGAGAGAGAGAGAGGAGCGUUCAGUCUGCCGGACAGUUCAGAGUGUCGGCGCACGCAGUGAGGAUUUUCUCUCCGGUAUACGGAUCAUUAAAGUAGGCUAACCAUUCUUCAACAUCAUGGCUCAGGCGAAAAUCCACGCGAAAAUGACCGACGGUCCGUGCAAGUUCAGCAGGACGAUGUCCAUGGCUGAUCGCUCCGGACGCCUCCUGGAAAAUUUGGAUCAGCUGGAAAUGAGGGUGGAGGCUUUGCGUGAAACAGCAUCGGCCAUGGAGCAGGAACGAGAGUGCAUCCUGGAAAUGCUUCAGUCCAUACAGAACAGUCAAGAAAUGCGCAACAUCUGUGCCGGAGAGAGGGAAGAGUUAGAUUUAACUGCAGACCGUCUGAUGGGCCGCACGCUGUCUGUGGAGAUCUCUGUGGGCACCAUCAGAAACUCCCAGCAGGAGGAGGCGCUGCGCAAUGCCACAUCUAUUAUCGAUGAGAUGGCGAAAAAGUUACUGGACGACAUGGCGAGCGGGCGCCAGCGGCUGCUGGCCCUGCUUGCCGCCUGUGUGACCGAGGCCCCGCCUGUUGCCAUCGACCAGAAGUUCCAGGCCGUAGUGAUCAGCUGCGCUCUGGAGGAUCAGAAGAAGAUCAAGAGGAGGCUCGAGACUCUAGUGAGGAACGUUGAGAAUGCUGAAAAGAACAUCAAGAUAAUGGAUAACCAGAAGCUGGACGACCCAAAAGCCAAUGGAUGUCAAUAAGACUUGUCACCUAAACAUAAAACUUGUCUUUAAUGCCAAUAAUCUCUUGAAGUACUUUUUUAACCCUUUAUUAACUUUGCGAGGCAGUAAAUGAUCCCUUAUUUAAUGUGAUAAUGAAGCUUAGGGCCAAAAUACAGGAAAGCCUAACAAUCCCCAUCAAUCACCCUGAAGGAAUAACAUUUUUUUUCUGAAAUCGUCAAGUUAUACCUUCAAAUUAUUGUCAGCCUUUUACAAUAUUCUGCUUCAUAUAUAGAACACACAAUGGGGUUUCACAUGUUGCACACAAAAGUGCACAAUUGAUCCAUCCAUUGCAAUGAUUCCAAUGUUAAAGAGUAUGUUUCUCUUGUUUCUCACAGUUUAAAUCAAACACUUCACUUGGUAAGGAUUUGAGAUGUGCACACACUCACUACCUCUUUGUGUGGAGGCUACACACGUCACAUUAAGCUGUGGAGUUUAGUUUGUAUUUGCACUGAGCGGUUUUACUGUCGGAUAAUGUGUAAAAAAAAUAAAAAUAAAAGUGAAUAAAAACACUCUUUCUAAUCAA